GUGCCCUUUAACUGGUUUCAGAGUCAAUGAAUUUAAUAUCGAGAAAGUUAUUAUUGCUGCUAUGGGCGGCUAGUGCCGUCUUAGCAGGCUGGGAAGAGGACUUAGAGACAAUCUUAGACCGGCUAACUCAGGCUGCCUAUGCAAGUGCUAGUCACGAAAGCCUGGACAGUCUGCUGCCGCUUCUUCAGCCUGACGGGUCCUUCUCGGAUUUGAAGUACGGCGAAGAUGGAUCCACCUCUUUCAGGACACAUGGCAGAAGACAAAGCGCCCUUAUGUAUCAUCAUGUCAACGGAGUGGAUCUGACACGUGAAAUUAUCUCAUCGUUUGAAUUCGUGACUUACGAUGCGCCGGCUAAUCCAGAUACCAACUGGUGGGGUCACGUGAUCGGCGUCCCUAUUGUAAUGUGGGAAGGAGUUACACUUGCCAGGGAUCUGCUAAGCCAAGAGGUUUUGACGGAUUUUUUAAACAGGUACUGGGUUAACACACCAGCUGGACCUGUGUGGAAUACGGAGGACCACUCAGGCACUAUGUCAGGAGGGAAUUUUGGCCCACGAGCGAUGCUUGCCGAAGUCGAGGGUCUUUUAAGAGGAAGUUUUACAGAAGUCCACUUGGAAGUUCAAGAAGCUAUGUUCCGAGAAUUGGCUCAGAGGCAACCUUACGGCGGCAAUGGCUUGAGGCAAGAUGGUUGUUUACAUCAGCAUAACAUACAAGGGGACCACGCCACUCACCACGGGUACCUCGACCAUACUCUCUCCAAUAUGUACAAUACUGGUUAUGGAAGAGAACUACUGAGGUAUGCGUCGAAUCUCCUCACCUGGUACACUGGGACGAGCAUGGACUUUGACGACGCAACUUUAGAGGGAAUGUUCAGUGCCUAUUUGGAGUGCCAACAAUGGCUCUUCCGGGGCCACACGUCUGAGCCUACGACGUGCGGCAGGCAUAUUACAGAUGGUUCACUCAGCACUCUCUACGGCACGCGAGGAGCGGUACGAGACACGGGAAACAACCUCAAGAAGUUGGGUCGACAUCUGGAGGAAGUGGAAUCUGUUCUUCAUCGAUAUAACAAUGUUCUCCCGGACCCUGAGCAUGCGCUGAUCGGGAACAAGUUCUUCUUUAACUCAGACCUGACUGUGCACCACCGGCGGGAGUACAUGGCCAGCGUGCGCGUUCUGUCCAACCGCACGACGAGGCCCGAGACCUGGCCUCCGACGCAGAACGGCGACGGCUAUUUCCAGGGAGACGGAUUUUUAACGGUGCUUGUGGACAGUGAAGAAAACGGAAGACCGGGGACUGAGGUGUUCCUCGUGUAUGACUGGGCGAGGGUUCCUGGUGUGACGAAUAUUUACACAACGGACAUUCCACAGUACCACACCGGAGUUUACUGGUCAGAAAGGUUCUUCAACAACGUGACAUUUGCCGGCGGCGUGUCCGACGGGCUGGUGGGCGCCGUUGCCAUGGUUACCAAUCGCCCCCACGAACCAUUACGUCAUCUCAAAUCCUGGUUCUUCUUUGAUGACGUCAUAGUGGCCCUUGCUUCUGACGUCACCUUAGGGGGCGAUGAUGUCACGGGGGAAAGUGUUAUCACUACGUUGGCACAGCUGGCUUUCGACGGAACCUUCGUCAUAGGGACAGCGACAGGAGAGGAAGUGACACCGGGUUGGGGGAACCACGAGGAAAACAGACCCACUUGGCUACACCAUCGCAAUAUUGGUUAUGUUUUCCUGAAUGGAGACGAAAAGCUGUUUACGUUGGCAGACACACGGACUCACGGGUCUGAUGAGAUUGAUAUCUUCACUGCCUGGCUGGACCACGGCGCCUCUCCCGAAGGUGCCAGUCAUGCGUACGCCGUCCUUCCCGCUGCUGACGUGGAAAAGACAAAGCUCUCUGCAGGAAAACCGGGCGUCGAGGUCCUCUCCCAAACGCCCUCGCUCCACGCCGUCUGCCAUACGCCUUCUAUGACGAUCGGCGCCGCGUUCGUAAAGGCCGGCGAGCUGACACCUUCUGCGUGUGGAAACUCCGCCAGUCUCUCCCUCCUCGUCGACACGCCCUGCCUCGCCCUCGUCAGCGUCAGCAGCGAAUCCCCUGACGCCGCUGAGCUGUCUGUGAGCCUCGCAGACCCCCAGCAGAUGUAUGACGUCAUUCGGAUCGUGGUGACGUAUGCCGGGAGGGAGGCCGAGAGGGUCGUCCAAUUGCCUUCUGCGCCUCAAAGGGGUUCCAGCGUCACUGUUGUUGUUAUGGUUUGAUGCUUUUUUGUUUUUUUCUUAUAAUCGGAAUGUCGUGGACCGUCUGCUUUAUUAUCCUUUUUUGUUAUUUAGUUCUUAUAUCUGGAUUUCGUAUUUCACUGAUGUAUUUCAUUGGCGAAAUCUAUGACAUUGUACAUUCUGAAGAUAGAUAAAUAAAAGGGCCUAAUUC